AUGCGUCCCGCUCGACCCGCCGCCGCUCAGCCCCGGUUCGGCCUCGUGAACUGCGAUGCUUUCCAAGCGACUAAGAAUGCCUUCUGUUUCCUGAGCCUUUGCGGUCACACAUCCUGUACUUCGUCCGCGUCGCUCGCGCUGGCAGGAGUAUCUCGGACGGCCUCGCCACUGGACCCAUUUUUUGCAUGGUUGUUGCCGAAGUUGCAUUGCGCAGCCCCCGGUGUCUCAGAUAUUCACCUGCCUCUGCUCGUUCACCAGGCUUUUAUCGCCAUGCUCGGUUCAACAAGCCCCGCUACCACAAGCCUCUGUUUAUCUCUAACAGCUCAGCUCGGUACCGUGAGCCAAUGGCGAAAAUCCCGCGUGCGACAAUUGACUCCAGUGCUAGCGAACGCAGCCCGGGCGGUGGAUGAGCAGUUCCGUCCGCGGAGGCGGCGUGAGAUGGUAUUCUCGAGACCAUGCGCUUGGCAGUGUGAUCAGGAGCAGCAUGUUUGCGUGUUUUUGGGAGUUCUGCAUCUGAUUACUGGCGAAGGAGGGGGAUACCUCGCGCAAUAG